AUGAAUCCCCUGUCUUGUGCCGCCGCCGCCCGGCUCUCCCUCCUCCGCAGAGCAGCACCGCAGCGCCUACCUCAACGGCAAACCGCCUGUCCCUACUCCUCCUCUAGUAGCCGCGUCCCUCUCGCAUUCGAACACCAUAAGCCGCCGAAAGACGGCAGACAUCACCAGGAUGCGCCGAUAAUAUUCAUGCAUGGCCUGUUUGGGUCGAAGAAGAACAAUAGGAGCGUAAGCAAAGUGUUGGCGAGGGACCUCAAGCGGCAUGUAUACACGCUGGACCUGCGCAACCACGGCGACUCUCCCCACGCGCCCAAGCACGACUACCUCGCCAUGUCUGGCGACGUUGCCGGCUUCAUUGAGCAGCAUGGGCUGAAAUCCACUACACUGAUCGGGCAUUCCAUGGGCGCAAAAACAGCCAUGACCCUCGCCCUCACCGAACCCUCCCUAAUCGCCAACCUAGUCUCCGUGGACAAUGCCCCCGUCGACGCCGCCCUCGGCACCGACUUCGCCAAGUAUGUGCACGGCAUGCGCAAGAUCGACGAGUCCGACGUCACGAAGCAGACCGAAGCGGAUAAGAUCCUGCAGGAAUACGAAAGUGAAAUCGGCAUCCGCCAAUUCCUCCUCGGUAACCUGCACCGGCCUGAUGGAGGCAAGGUUUUAAAAUAUAAAGUCCCCCUCGACAUACUGGCAAAGACACUCAACGGCCUAGGCGACUUUCCCUUUAAGGACCCCGGGCAGGUGCGCUUUGAGAAGCCGGCGCUGUUCGUCCGGGGCACGCAUUCGAAAUACGUGCCCGACGAGGUGAUCCCCUUAAUCGGGCAAUUUUUUCCUCGAUUUUCGAUGGUCGACAUCGAUGCUGGGCAUUGGGUGAUAUCUGAAAAACCUCAGCUGUUCUUAGAAGCUGUGAUAGACUUUCUUAGCCCCAAGGAGUAG